UUUGCCGACGCCAAAACGAAUCGUCUUGGUAAAUUGAAACCGUGUUUGAAAUGGACCAAUAGAGAGCCCAUUCUCGUUUGAACUGUAGACUAGUCAGGACGCGCUCGUUUUCUGGCUUAUCUUGAUCGUAAUUUUAAAUUCAGAACGAAAACAAAUGGAGAACAAUGUAUUUAGUGAUUACGGUACUGGCAGCGGCGGUUCGGCAAGAUCGUCAUGGGCGAGCUUGGAUUCGUGGCCUUCAGCAGCUCCGAGACAACCGCAUGUGGGUAUGGCGACUAUGGCGGACGAACAACGCCAGUAUCAAUCCGCAGAUCUGCUAGAUUUGAUGGUGAAACGAACCACGCUGCAAGAAAUGAUGAGCGAAUUCAAAAUGAACGGCUACGAUUGUCCGUACAAUCCCGACGAAGAUAAAAGGUCCAGCCGCCCAGAAAAUCAUAUUGGCAUGGGUCCAUCGAGCGUAUACCUGCGACAGAAGUCUUGGCCCGAACCAGAGGCUACUCCAGCGCAACGCUUGCCGCGACCCAAGUCAGAGUGGAUCCAGUCCACCACCGUGCCGGAUCUGUUAAAGCCUCAAUUUUUUUUCGAUGAUGACGUCGGCAAAGCUCCUUCGAAUGUGUACCUGCGAGAGAAGUGGUCUGUGCCAGCGCCAGAGCGGGAGAAGUGGUCUGAGCCAGUAAUGAGGAAGUCGCAGCGGCUGUCACGUCCAAAGUCGGAAUACUCGGAAUGGAUCCAACCUACCACUGUGUCAGAUGUUACACAAGCUCCCAAAUUCUUCGAUGAUCUGGGCCUGACAUUGCCCGUGAAACAGCUGGAAACUAUUUCGGCGGAGCAAGUGCGAGUGUUGAACUCGCUGCCCAACGCCGUGUUGUACAGACUGCUCCAGGACCUAGAACAGAAAAGGAACGAGACAGCCAAGAACAAACGAGUACCAGAUCAGGAAUGCCGAUUCUGCAAGAACAACGGCGAACGUGAAUCGUACUACCGCUCACACGUGCUGAAGGACGCUGUGGGGCGCGUGACGUGCCCCGUGCUGCGCAAGUUCGUGUGCAAGCGCUGCGGCGCGCGCGGCGACCACGCGCACACCCUCAAGUACUGCCCUCUCAGCACGGACGAAGAACGCAUAAAAUCUACAGCCAUGAUGCGCAGCGUGCGGUUGUCGUCGGGGCGCCGCCGCGGGCAGGUGGAGGUGGAGCCCUCGGGCGACUACGUCAUGUUCGGCGACACCACGCCCGCCUUCCUGCGCGACUACCGCUCCUGCGCCCCGUGCGCCCCGCUCCCGCCGUCGCCCUGGCUCGAUCCCGUGUGGGCCGACUUGGAGCUAAAGUUGACUUUAUAAAGAUAUCAGUAGAGUAGGUGACUCGGUUCUGUCUGGAGCCUGAAACAAGCUGAUUUAUACCACUAAAUUACUUUCUGGCACUGACUAUACGGCCCCUUCUCCUUACUAAAUUGUUUUGACUUUGAGAUAUGGCCGUAUUGUGGGCAGUAAAAAAUUGUAAUAAUACAAUAACAUAAUCCUGAAGAUCCGUGCCAUUUUAGCUGCUACAAUGCUUAUAUGCAGGAUCACUGUUAUGUAUCUUCAACUAAAGUUGAUUAUGUGCAUAUUGUGCACUGGCUUACCACACACACACAGACUUACCACACUGGCUUACUAGUGACUAGUGUUACUACAUUGAUGCUCAGAUUUUAUUGUUACAAGUUAUUGGUUUUAGAUUUAUGUCGACGUAUUUGAAACCAUACAAUGUGGUAUGGUACAUAUUCAUAAAUGUUAUUAUCUAAAAUUAACUGUUGAUUAUGGGUUCCUGUUUAAUUAAACUUACUUAGAUGUAAUGUUAGUAUUAUAUGUGAUACAAAAUCAUAUACAGAUGGAGUAUGGAGGUAUAAGUGUAUUAAUUAUGUUGCUUGGCUCAUGCCAAAAUUUAAUAUUUUAUGUGUCAAAUCAUUUAUAAAAUAAUUAUAAUUAUCUUAUAUAAGAUAAUUAUCUUAUCCGUUUACAGAGUGACAUUACUGUUAUAAUUACCGAAUCGUUUCUAGUUAAAUAACUAAAUAGGAAUAGUUCUAAAUAGAACUACUAAAAGAACGUCGAUUAGUUUUAAAUGAAGACAUUAGAUAAAAAUAAUAUAAGAUUAACUUAGUGUUAAGUUAGGCACCUACUUAUCUCUUCCCUCCCCAAUGACGAAAAUAAUGAGCAGAUGUCACUUGAAUACCUAAUAAAAUAAAUAUUUUAUAGAGCUGUACAUGAAACCCUAAAAUGGCGUAGGUAAUCAAUUUUCUUAUACAUUUACAAACAAGAAACAUUUUUUGUUGUAUCUUUAAAGCAACAUAUUUAUUAAUAUAUCAUGUUUCAAUAUUGUAUUGACAGCAAUAUAUAUCGAGAUCAAAUCUGUUGUUUUAAAUGAAAAGUAUACAUUUCAUUCAUAUAAAGUUUAUUUUAUUAUCACGAUGGAAUCUUGAGGCGUGUCAUUAUGCUAGUAAAUGUCUUUUUACCAAAUACCAGUAUACCUAACCAUUGUAAAACUUGAUGAUUUUAAGUAUUACAUAAUAGGUACUUAAGGAAUGAUGUACCGGAAAUACAAUUCAUCAAAAUAUUAGGUACCGCUUGUAUUGACAAAUAAACAGUAAUUUUUGUUAGAAUUGCAGUUUAUUUGUUCACAGAUGAAUCAUCUUUUCUAAGGUAUAAUAGUUUUACUACGUCAAUAACUGUUUCAACUAUUUGAUAUAACUGUUAAUGCGUUUGCUAUUUCUUAUACUAAUGUUUCGAUCUUGAUGAUUCAUUAUAACUAAUCAUUUACCACAUCACUUAAAUACUUUCAAUAUUUUUGAUAUUCAGUAAUUUCAAUAGGUGUUGGUGUUUUAUGGGUCCAAUAAAUGAUUAGAAAAAUGUAA